AUGGUUGGCAUCCAUUUGCCGAAUAAUCAAAAACCUACCGUACUCGAUCUUCCACUGGAAAAAGCGAAAACUAUUGAGAAUCCGGAGCAGGAAACAAAAAGCGCCGCGUGUGAGAAGUUGGCGAAACGGAUUCACCUCUGCGUGGCAACGAUUAUUCUCGAGGUGCUCUCGUUGGUGGUUUUGGCGCUCUUCUUUGCCAACUGCUAUCAAGGCAUCCUCGUUGUUUUAACCUUCAUCCUCGGCCCGGUGAUUCUCUAUUUCAUCACGAUGAAAGCGAUGUUCGCCUAUUGGAUCACCAAGGAGGCGAAAGCGAUCAAGAGGAUGAGAAAUGUGAUUUACUUGGGCGCUUUCUUUUCCCUCUCCGGCUUCAUCGGGAUUCUCAUUGACGGAAUCUAUUACCGCACCCAGCCAUUUCUCAUCGUGUUCCCUAUCCUGCUCGCAAUCCAGAUCUACGGCGGACUUCUCUGGCACAAGAUUCACGUGAAAAUGAGUAAAAACGAGGACUACACCGAGCUGUCGCUCAUCUCGGCGAUUCGCCUCCGUCUAAUCGUUGUCGAUGCU